CUGUUCGUGUUCGUCGAGCAAAAGAUACAAUUUAAAAGCCGCUUGUUGCUGUCUGUUAAGGAGCCGCAUAUAUUGGACUAGUUAACAGACCAGAUUUCAAUUCGAGCAUCAAAAUUAUAAACAGACGCACCAAGAGAUGGCGACAGCGACGGCUUCAAGGAUGACUGCGGCGUCUUUGAUAAUCUAUGCUGCACUCCUGAUGGGCGUGGCCGAGGGCAACGGCAAUGAGAAUGGGCAGGCGACGGGCAAGCCCUCGCUGCUGCGCACCGAGCUGCGCUUCGGACGCAAUCUGGAUCCGUCGAAGGUGCGUGUGGUGAACGUCAAGUCCAGCCAAGGCGAGAAUGUGGAGAUUCUGGUGGGCAGGAAUAGUCGCAAGGCGCGUGCCGAGGAGGCCGCGGGAUCGUUCUUUGUGCGCAGCUCCGAUGUUAAGCGGCCAGCUUCCGGCCAGGCCAGAAGCAAUGCCAAUCCGGCUGCCCGGCAGCUGAUCUUCGAGCAUACGCCGGCGCUGCUCAAGCAGAGCGAACUGGCCCAGCAGCAGCAGGAUUAUCGUCAGCGCAAGGCGGAGGCGGAGCAACGCCAGGCCAGAUUCAUACAGCUGCAGCUGGCCAAGGCGCAGAGCAAGGCGUUGGAGCAGCAGGCACUGCGCACCGGACGCCAGCUGGGCAGCGGCCCCGCCUGGCAGCCGGUCUACUUCCAGGCGCAGCCGACGGCACGGAACAACAACAACAACAACAACAACUACUCGCUGGCCAUGGAGCGCCAGUGGCAGCCGUAUACCUAUGCUGAUCCCGUCGAGGCACAGCCGCGUGUGCUGCGCCAGGCCAUCAGCUUUCCCAGCGAUCAGCAGUACGCCGGCUCCGAGCAGACGGAUUAUUACAGCCGCGAUGCACGCGCGUAUUCGGGCAAUGGCGGUGGGCGUGGCUCGCGUCCGCCACAGAAUCUGAUCACCAAGCACAACUACAACUCCCUGCCGCAGAAAUCCAAGUACGUCAGCUACAUGCCGCAUUCCGUGGUGGUUACGGCCAGUGCGGGCGUGGCCACGCCCACGCGCCGGACACCAGCGCCGGGCAGUCCGCAUCGCAAUCCCAUUGGCCAGAGCACGCACAGCGUUGUGGAUGGGCCGGCGGUGACACUGAUCGAGGGUGUACGCGUGCCGGACACGGCCGAGGACCGGGUGAAGACCUGGCGCAAUGCGCGCGUCCUCAACAACCAGCUGGUGCCAUAUCCCGAGGGCUACACGCCGCCGCGCGUCCAGAUGCCCAGCUUCGACAGAUAGGCUAUGCCUGCUCCUACCGGCUCCUUGCCAGGCCGCCUUCCUACUUCACAUAUGUGUAUUUAAAUAUUUCCAUUACAUUUAUUG